GCUUUACAAAUUGACUUCCAAGACCACCACCAUUGCCAUCGUUGUCAUUCUUUUCAUUAACCUUUCCUUCUUUCUCUUUUUUUUUCCCAAGAUUUCGAGAAUUUCAAAGCUUGCAACGUCGUUUUCUUAAGCAACCUCGACAAUGCUUCAGACCCUCGCCUUCGGCGGCACGCUGGCCAAGCGCCUCGUCGAGGACGCUCCUCAGACAAGCCAGCCACCUGUAGCCCUCUAUUUCCUCGGCGUUGCCAACCUUGUCGUCUUCCUUCCCGUCCUUCUCGUCCUCUUUUACACUUUCCAAUAUGUCUACCCGACGCUUGCCGCAGUGGAGGAUCCUCUCCCCGCGUACGAGGCGCUGGCCAUGAACGAUGACGACGGCCAGACCAAGAACGGCAGCAAUACCCCGAUGCGCACUGCGCAGCCGGGCAUGCCCAUCACGGCCUCUAUCCGCGCGACCAACCGUCUUAUCCGCUCCCUCAACGGCUGGCUCUCCAACUUCCGCGGCCUCGGCUACUCCGUCCUCAUCGGCAUCCUCACCGGCCUCACUACCUUGUUCUUCGGCAUGUUCGGGUUCAUCCCUCGUCCCGUUGCCCACCUCUUGGCGCUCGUCAUCGUCGCCCCGCUCUCGACCACCUGGACGCACCUCGUCGUCACGCGCCCCUCGGCCAAAUCGUUCGCCCGGCGCAUCCCCGCCCUCAAGAAGGUCUACCGCGCCACCUGGCUCCCGACCUUCCUCCUCUGGGCCGCCACCAACGCCUGCGUCUACUUCCCUAUCCUCCUGGCCGGCCUCAUCGGCCUCGAGCUUAGCGACCCGGAGCGCCCGGACCAGAUCCGCAGCCAGCUGCCGACCGGCUCGGACGCCGGCAAGGCGCUCGCCGUGCUGGGCCUCUUGCUCGGCCUGCAGGUCCUGCUCUACAUCCCCGCCGAGACGGCGCUCACCCGCGUGCAGGCCUCCCUGCUGCCGCCCGACGAGGACACCGUCGUCCCCUUCGACCGCUCCUUUGCCGGCCGCGUCGAGCCCGAGCUCGUCACCGGCAAGGGCUUCGCCACCUUCGGCGCCGCCAUCAAGUCCGUCACCCGUGCCAGCUGGGUCCGCAUCUACCUGCAGCGCCUCAAGCUCUGCGCCGUGUCCAUGGCCAUCUACUUUGCCGUCAUUGCUGUCGUGAUGGUUGAGGCCCUUAUCGUCACGGCGAUUCAAGGAAGUCAGUGAAGGUGUUGUUGUCCCGGCGGCGGUGGGACCCUGGCAUGAGAUUCGAAGUAUGGGUUCUUGGUUCCUGUUUCCUAUAGCUUUGACUGUUGGGAAUCUCUUCGCAGUGGUGGUCAUUAUACAAUCAAGUUGGAUUAAACUUUCCCAGUCAUGAGCCUAUACUAUUUCUCAUUGCUUUUUACGCUCCACGCGUCUCUCUAUGUUUCACCAUAAUCUUUGGUUCUAAAGUUAGUAAUAUGUGAAAACUGGCUUAAUAAGGCACGAUGAUACCCUGCCACCGGUUUCUCCCGCG